AGCGGCAACAGCCGCCUCCAGCCGCGGCUGCUCCCCGUCCCCCCCGCCGGCUCCCGGAGAGGCAACUCAGGGGAUUCCAUCCCGCUCCGUCCCUUUGCCAUUUUUGGAUGCGUUUUAUAGCCAAUUUUUUUUUUUUUUCCUCGGGAGAAAGCGAAAAAAAAAAAAAAAAAAAAGAAAACAAGCGAAGACCCAGCAGCCUUCCUCCACCGCCGGACUCCGCCGCCGUGCCGCCACCGCCGCGCACCCACCGGUUGGAUUUUUGGGGUGUUCCGCCACUGCCGGUGGCACCGGCAGCGACAAUGCCAUCAUGUUUUUGAGACAGGAAACCUCCGAGUUUGCCCUGCAUGAAGAACUUCCUGUGUUUAAAGUUGUACGAAUAUCCGCUGACAAGCUCAGUUCAAAUGAAAACACGAGAGUCGGGGGGAGAGGCUAAUUCGGACCAGCUGGACUUGCAGGGCGCUCGGAGCUGGGCAGAAAACGCGCGGAGCCGCUCGCCACUGCCAGCCGGGAGCGGCCGGGACAAGCAGUGCCUUUGUUAGUAAAGAAGGACGGACGGGAUAAUUUAAGAGCUUCAAACUCUUCCGCCGUUUGUGCCGCGAACCGCUUGGAAUAUUUUCCCGGAGCUGUUGGAUUUUGGAUGACCCUCUGACGGAGGGGUGUUUUUUUUUUAGGGGGACGGAGUGGGGAUGAGAUGGGUUGUUUCACUGCUCAGGACCGCCGGUCGGGCUGCUGAGCCGGCGCGGUGCUGCCGGUUCCCCCUCUCGUCCCCGUAGUGUCACUUUGGGAUUACAGACUGCCCCCGGCGGGUUUGGGACCUGCUGGCCGUGUGAUGCUUCCUGCCGUGGCGGGCCAAAGGUUGCCAGGGUGGUUCUGUCAUCCUUAAGGACGAGAGUAUGGGCAAACCACUGAGCCGGCCAGACUGUUUACGGCAGAACCGCACUUGCCUGGGGAAGGGCGAGGAUGAGGAUGGUUAUAUAGAGGAUUGCUACGUGCCCCAGAGAUCCAUAUACGACACCAUGAGAAUUAACGAGCAGAUCGAUCAGGGAUCGAAGCUCAACCAGCUCUCCAAGAGCACCCUGGGCAAGGGCGAUGGCAGCACCAUAUCCAGCAACGGGACUCUGGGAGCUGCCAACGUCUUCGAGUCCAGGCCACCAGAACCCAAAAAGCUGGAUGAGCGAGUCAUCUUCGACCAGCUCAAACUCAGCAGCGACGUCUCCAAGCCAGCGCCAGCUCCACCAAAGAGGCGACCGAACCCUGAGAAGAAGGAGAACGUCAACAGGCGCUCCUGGAAGUCCUUCAUGCCGCCCAACUUCACCGAGUUUGCAGAAAGGAUGGGGGCUUCUCUGAGCGAGGUGUCGGAGGCGGGCGCUUCCAACCCUUCCCUGCGGGAUAAGCGGGAUUCCAGCGCCAUGCUGGCCGAGCAGCCGGGCCAGCCCGAGCACGGCGAGCCCAUGUCCGAGUCUCUCACUCUGGAGCACGUCUCCAAAUCAUCUGGCACGGCCGAGGCUCUGGUGGCCAAGCAGUUUGGUGUGGAUGGCUACGGUGGCCCCCGGGACGAGCGCCAGGCCGGUGACAGCCGCGUCAGGGACCUGGCCAGGGCCCGCCGGCUCCCCAGUGCCACCUGGCCACGAGCCAGGAAGAAUUUCAUCAGGGGAAACUUCAACGACGGGCACCAGGAGACCCUGGAGGCCUCCGAGUCGGACUCUACAGUGGAGAACGUCAACCUCUCUCCGUGCCUUAGUGAGGAGCUGCUGGAUACGGGACUGGAUAUUCUCAUCACCUCCAAUCUCAGGGAGAAAACGGAGUCUGAGCUGAGAUUUGAGGAGGACGAGCGCUGGGUGAUGAUGGAGGAGUGGGAGGAGGCGACGCUGUCAGAGAGAGGAAAGCCUGUUCUGGUGGCAGAGGAGAAGAGGAGCUGUUGCUUGGCAGAUAUUUCUGAAGAAAGGGAACAAUCCACUGCUCUGGAGGAUGACUCUGCCCCCAGCCCGGGGACCACCCAGUCCUGCACGUCCCCAGGGGGUGGUGGCAGUGCAUGCUGCACAGAGGAUGCAGCAGUGCAAUGUGGGGUUGAGGACUUUGCUCCAGCGUUGGAGCGCUCAACCAGCCCCACAGGCCCCGAGCUGUCUGACACAGACUCGGUGCAGAUGUUCCUGGAGCUGGAAGAGCAGUGCCUGAAUGAGGAUGGGGGUGAUGGAGCUGUCCCCAGCUGCCUGGAGGUUCAGAUGUCCCCGAUGGACUCAGAGGGACUGGACACAGAUUCAGCCAAGCUGGCUGGGCUGGUGGUUGAAGGGGGUCAGCACAGGGCCCCCUUGGAUAUCAGCGCCUCAGACUCUGCAGUUGUGUCAGAUCUGGAGGACUUUGAUGUCACCUGCAGCUCACAGGUGCUGAGCACGCUGGAGCCCUUGACAGAGCCCUUCUCAGAAAGGGACACCUUGGCUGUCACCCCCACGGACUCGGACGGAGGGGCCUCCCCCAGCCCCGUGGCCAUGGCAGGGCUGGGGUCCCUCCUGGAGUGCUCCCCAGGGCUGGUGGGGGAGGUUCCUCCUGACCCACUCGUGGAGUUCGUGGCUGGUGGGACUCCAUGUCCUGGCACAGGGGCACAUCCAGCUGCGGGACUGGGGGGAGAUGGGUACCCCAGCGCUCCCCUGGGGUGGGCUGAAGAUAACCAAGACUUGCUUCCCGAGGGGACCUGUCCUGGCCCAGUGUCCCCCUGCCAGCCCCCAGCCCCAGACACAGCGAUGGAGGAGCUGGGGUCCCCCCCACGGCACAGCCAGGCUGGCACUGAGGGCAUGGAUCCGUUCAGGACCCAUCACCUCCUACCUGGAAGGACUGAGGCCACCAACUGGGAUGUCCCAGAACUGGUUUCUGAGGAUGAAGCCACAGAUUUGGGAUCAGGGAGUGGAGCUGAGGGCUGGACUCAUCCAGCAGAGAGUGGGGAUGUUUGCUGUGCUUCUCUGCUGCCUUUCCACGCUGGCUCUGCAUCAGAGCCAGGCUCCAAGGCUCCGACAGCAUUCCCGGUGCCUGUUGAGGACCUCCCAUGGGAAAUGGUUUCCCUGGGCCGUGGCCUGUCUCUGGAAGGGGCUGCCCACUCCGAGGGGUGCCCCAUGGAGGUGGCUGUCACACAUGGGGGGACACCAGCAGCCAUCCUGCAGCCGGGAGAUGUGGAUUUGUUGUUUGCCCCCAGCUGGGAGCUCCCAUGUCCUGCCAGCCCAGCCGCCCAUGAAGAGUUUCCCGGCACAUUGUCCAUUGCAGGGCCUUCCAUCCCAUGGGAUUUUGGGGAGCUUCCUGCUCCAAGCCACCCACUUUCACCUGGAGACGUGGCUGUCCUGGAGCCCCAGGCUCAGGGGAUGCCACCAGCCACCAGGGAUCCUGCCAUGGACGCUGAGGAACCUCCAGGAGCCACCACCACCACCACCACUGCCAUGCCCUUGAUGGUGGAGGAGCUUCUGGAAGCCCCACCACCCUUUGCUGACGUGCCUGUUGCCACCGUGCCACCACCAGCAGCAGCCCAGCCACUCGCCUCGGGUGCUGGGGACCUCGGUGGUGGCCCCGUGCCAUUGGCAGUGGCCUUGGGGGAUACAGAUGACAUUGCCAUCCUGGAGCAGCUGCCCGCUGAAGCGGUGGCUUUGGAGGAUGACCCUGUUUUGAGAGCACCUGCAGCGGGGCUGGCAGCUUGGGAGGGUCCCCCUGGUGCCUUCUCACCCCUCCCGGAGGGUCCCAGCACCCCAGAGCUGCUGGGGACACCCUUUGCUACAGCACCCAGGGCACAAACCCUCCCCAGGGCUGUGUUGAGGGGACCCCUCCGUCCCCACAGCUUUGGGGGUGCCCUUUCCUCGUGUCCCAGCGAGGGAGAGGGGACAUCAGGCACGGAGGGAGCCCUCGGCGCUGCUCUCAUGGCAGAAGGGCCCCCUGCUCUCCCAGAUGGAUUCGUUCCAGAUAACGAGGUAUUUGUUGCUCAGGCUCCCGCAGCCGAGGCUCCAGGCGCAGAAAUCACUUUAUUUUGCACUCCGGGGGUGGGUGGGAGGUGGGAGCCCACUCAGUAACUCAGAUCUGGGCUUCCAAACAGCCUUCUCCCUCCCGAGAUCGGCUUGAAUUUGGCAGGCAA